AUGGAUGUUUUCGAAGAAACUUUGAACCUAUCCUCUUUAAAGGAUAGUCUUCUAACCAUUGAUCCGUCAAAUAAUGAUAAGAAUUCACAGAAAAAAUCCAGUUUAAAUUCACCACCAUCACUAUCUGUUGUAAAAACAAUAACAGCCAGAAAAAAUGUUGCAAUGAAGGAAAUACCAAGGUUUUAUGAAAUAUUACAACAUUCAACAUUUAAAAUCAAUCCAUUAUCGACUAUUAGGACACAUAUUGAAAAUACUAUAGAAAAAAAGAAAAAAGAAUUAAUGGAUGUAGAUUGA